GGUGCGUUGUUAUAAACACGUCGAAUGGUGUGGAUUAAUUCGCCUUACCCAGCAAGCCGAGUUGGAAGGUCUGUUUGACAACCUGUUUUCAAUGAAUAAAUGAUUGCCUGAUAGGUUAUUUGCAACAAUCCUUGCAAAUAUAUACAUCCACUCAUCUUAGACAAGGUCAUUUUAGAUCCCUAUUGCAACGGUUUCUAUUGCUUCCCCCCCUGGGCGGAGUACCAUUUCAUAUGUACCAUUCUCAUACGGACUGCCAGUGGAACGGUUGGAGAUCGAGCGAUGAUUGGUUUACUUCGCGCCACAUGAUGCUCUUCAUGUACAAGCAGUGAUAAUGAAGUAUGAAGACGCAACGCCUGAAGUGAAGUUCCUUGUGUUUCCAUAUAUAACGUUAGGCCAAAUACCUAGUUCUUUAGCCUAUGAUAGCCUACCUACGCCCUUUAUAUAUCUAUAUAUAGAUGUAGUUAGAUGGUAGGCCCAUUCACAGCAUCUAAAGCUUUUUACAAUUUCAUAUAACUACUACUCACGUUAGUACUCAAGUAUACUUUGUCAUCCAUAUGUGUAAUUUAUUUUGAGCCAUGUAAAAAAUAAAUGCCUGUUUAUUAACAAAUAAAUUGACAAACUUUUUUCUGUAUUUUUUAACGCAAUCCUUCAUUAUUGAGGUGAUUAUGAGGGGUAACCAAUGUUCACCGCACUACCUAAUUUACAUGUGUUUACAGAAAAUUAGCUGCGCCAUCUGGGUCACAUGUCUCCGAGUCUGGUAAAACCACAGGGGGAUUGAGGCUUGAGGUAGAGCAACGGUUAACUACGUGGUGUUCAUAGACUCACUGUGGAUUAAAAUGUGGAAGAGUGACGAGCUUUUGAAACCAAUAUGGCAUGCGUUCUCCGCUUUGGACGUGGAUAAGAGUGGAAAAGUCUCAAAAUCUCAAUUAAAGGUGCUCUCCUACAACCUGUGCACAGUGAUGAACAUCCCUCAUGACCCUGUAUCCCUAGAGGAACACUUCAAGGAUGAUGACAGAGGCCCCGUCUCUAACCAAGGCUACAUGCCUUACCUCAAACGCUUCAUCCUGGAAAAGGCAAGGGACAAUUUUGAUAUGCAGGAAUUUAACAAGAUGUGCUGGACAUUGUCCUACAAGAAAAACAUGAACUCGAGAAGUCUCCUCAUUUCAAACGAGGACGCCUUCAAAGUCUGGUGCAUUUUCAACUUCCUGUGUGAGGACGCAUACCCGCUGGUCAUCCUAGCAGAGGAGAUUGAGUACUUGUUGCGGAAGCUCUUGGAGGCCAUGGGGAGCAGCUGGAAUCAGGACCGCUUCGCAGAGUACAAACUCCAGCUGAGCCUGCAGAGGAACAACGGGGGGCUGAGUGCCUGGGAGCUCAUCAACCUGGUGGGCAUGGCUCACUUCAGCAAGGGCAUGAACCGGCAAACCGUGUCCAUGGGCAUCACUCAGGUGUACCAGGAACUCAUCCUGGAUGUGCUCAAACAGGGCUACGUGAUGAAGAAGGGUCACAAAAUGAAAAUCUGGUCGGAGCGCUGGUUCAUACUGCGAUCAAACACACUCUCGUACUACUUAUCUGAGGACCUGGUGGACAAGCGAGGUGACGCAGUUCUGGAUCAGAACUCCAGUGUUGAGUCCCUCCCAGACAGGGAAGGAAAGAAGUGCUUGUUCGUGGUCAGAUGUGCAGACAGAAUCUUUGAGCUAUGUGCAACUGAUAAGAAAAGGAAACAAGAGUGGAUCCAAGCGCUACAAACCUGCCUGCAGCAGGUCCGGCUGGGGCUGCUGUCGCCGCACCGCGAGGCGCGGCUGCGGCGGCAGGAGCUCCGGCAGAAGCACACUGUGGAGGAGGAAGAGCUGACGGAGCGCAUGAGGCAGCUGCAGGCCACCAACGAGAACAAACAGAUAGAGCUGGAGGUCAUGCGAAAGAAACUGGAGGAGGCGGCAGCAAUAGCUGCCAUGGAGGAGGAGAGGAGGAAGCAGACACAGACAGACCUGCAGGAUCGCUACAUGCUGGACCUGGCUAGAGAGAAAAUGGAGCGUGAGCAGAUGGAGCAGCAGGUGGCCCAGAAGACCAGCGAGCUGGACCAGUACCUGCAGCGUGUGGGCGAGCUGGAGGACAUGUACAAGCGGCUGCAGGACGCCCUGGACCAGCAGAGGACCGCCAAGGAGGAGGAGGAGGCCAUGCGCAGGCGGCAGGCCAGGCUGCUCGCAGAGGAGGCAGGGAAGAGGGUGGAGCUGGAGCAGCUGCACCUGCAGCAGCAGAGGGCCAUGUGCCAGGUCCAGGCAGAGAAGCAGGAGCUGGUGGAGGAGCGGCAGGCCCAGGAGAGAGCCCUGCAGGCUGCCACGCUGCAGCUGCAAACCCUGGAGGAGGAGAGGCAAGGGGCCCUGGAGCAGUACCAGGAAGUGACUAAAAAGCUGACGCUGGCGGCAAACAAGACAAAGAAAUGGAAAACCAGAGUAGCCGAACACGAGGGAUUAGUACGACUCAUUCAACCAGGUCACAAGGGGCCCCAGAUCAUGACUAACUGGGGGCCAGCCUCCUUCACCGAUGCCGAGUUGGAACUGAGGAAGAAGUCCUGGCAGGAGAAGAAGAACCAGGGGGUCCACUGACGCAGUGACCACAAGCACACACACACACACACACACGCACGCACGCACGCACGCACGCACGCACGCACGCACGCACGCACACACACACACACACACACACACACACACACACACACACACACACACACACACACACACACACACACACACACACACACACACACACACACACACACACACACACACACACACACACACACACACACACACACACACAUAUGCAUGCACACUCCAUGCGUGUUAACCAUCAAGCCCUCACAUGUUCUAAUGUUUAACUCUUUUCAACUGCUGGGGAUUUACAUGAUAUUAACAUGUAGUGUGACCAGCAACGCAAAUGAUUUAUCUGCACUCUUUAAAAAAAGAAACUGAACAUUUAGAAAAUGCUUUAGCCCAAUUUCCAAUAGGCAGUAUUUUAAGUCUUAUUUUUGAUAUUUCUUUUUUAACUGGAUUGGAUCCAUAAUUAAAAGACUAAUCGGACUUGUGUAUAUGGAACUUACUUGUUGUGAUGACUUACUGUAACAUUUUAAUACGAGGUUAAAAGUGUGUGUUGGUUCAUGUGUGUGUGUGUGUGUGUGUGUGUGUGUGUGUGUGUGUUAACGUGUUUAUGUGCGAUGUUAUGGGAUGCCAUGUGUAAAAAACGCAAUUUGGGCGCGAAUCAUUCAACUUAACCAUUCCACACACAAUAAUUAUUUUAUUAAUACACACACAUUCAUUCAUAUUAUCCCCAAUAGAAAGCAUAGAAUUUGAAACCGGAUUGAAAUUUAGAAUUUCAUAAGGAAGCGAGAGAACAAGACUGGUUUCAUCCACUAGAUGUCAGCGUAGUCACAGAAAACAGUCUGAACACGCCUUCCCUCACAAGGGCAAUUUUGGAGUCCGUAUUUGCUCAGCAAGAGAGAGAAAAAAAGGUAAAAUCACAAAAAGACAAAUCGAGCAUUUGCCUGUGUUGUGUAAUUAUGCUUCAUAUUUCACUUUGCAUGGACACACGUCUCCACUUCCUGGUCGUUUUGUUGGAGCCAUGUGUCCGUCUCCCAUCACGCAUGUGAGGAAGCAGCUGGUGACACCAGUAGAGAAGAAUGCGCAUGGAGAGCUAGUUAGGGUCUCACUGGGCCCCCAGCGUCCUGCGUGUAGCCUUCAAUGGGGGGCCAGUAAAACCCAGACAGCAGUCCUGAAUGUUCCUCAUGAGGAUGAUCCGCAGAUGUUCCGUGCCUCUCUUUGUAUUUAAUCAAUUCCUCUAUUAUUUAUAGUGUAUACAGAGGGUGAUUGAUCGUUUUUAAAGCAACACUAGCCUGUUUUGUGCUAUUUCUUGGUACUGUUAGGCUCAUCUCAGAGCAUGUUCCCACUAUAACUCUGGCUCACUUUGCUUCAGAAAUUAUGCGAUAAAUAAAGUCUCGUAUAAUAGUAA